GAUAGAUAGAAAGGAAGGAGAAUUAUCAACAGAGAAAGAACGAACAAGUCAACAGUCAAGUGACAGACGAAACGAAACAGUUUGUUGUGUUUCGUACUUAUACAAGUGUAGCUGCGUUCGAUCAGUCUUUUGAAUUAAAAGUAAUUUAUAACUUCAAUUUCAAAAUUAGUAUUUUAAUUAUUGAGACAAGUCGUGACAGUGCGAUAGUAAACAUGUAAUAAUAUAUAAACAAUCGUAGUAGUCGGUGCAAAAAUCUAGACUAACCUUCUUCAGAAAGAGGGGUGAUUUUAAGUGUUCUCCACAAUAUUUAAUGAUUUAAACAUUUACUAGUUGUAGUCCCGUUUUGUUUCUUUUUACAUUAAUUACUAUAUAAUGUAUGAUACGUGUUAAGCUCAAGCUGAUCAUAAAAAAAUUUUGCGUUAAAGCAGUAACUUCUUACAUAGGAACAGUAUAAUAUGUUAGCAUAACAUGUUAUAGGUAUGUAGGCCUAGGAUUAGGACUAAGAUUAAAUCUUGGUAACAAAUUCUAUUUAAUCUUAACCCUAGUGAAGUGACAGGAAGACAAAAUGACAUCUGCAAGACUGGUCAGAAGCACAAAAAGUAGACUUUUUGUUUAUAUAUGUGCUGUUUUAGCAUUUGGAAUGAUAGUUUAUAUGUUUCAUGGAAGUCAGCUUCAACUAGAUGAUAGCCGAAAAUCACUUGCUUCUUGUAAUCAACAAAGUGAAUCAUUGUCUGCACAAUUACAAGUUAUAUUUGAGUAUAAACUGAGACUAGAAAAGUCUUUACAAAAGGAAAAGACUGAUCACAAGCAGACCAGAGAUGAAUGUCAGAACAGAGCAAGACAAGAUAAAGAUGACAGAGAAAGGGAGUUAGUCGAGGCAGCCAAUAAGUACAGCGCACUUCAGCAAAGCACAAGUUUAUUGCAGAGUAAACAGAAGGAUUUGGAAGAAGAAAACAAUGAACUCCGAAAAAAGAAUCUCAAACUCUUGGAUGAAAUUGACAUCCAGAAAAAACAGUUCACAGCUAAGUUUAUUGAGGAACAGCAACUUCGGGCAACUAAAGAAAAAGCUAUUGAAAACGUUAAAAACAGAAAUCUGGAACUGGAGGUAAAAUAUAACAAGUUAGCUGAAGAGUAUGAGGUGCUCAAGAAAGACAAGGUUCCAGAGUCUAGCCGGCUUGGGUCGCUGGAGAAGGUGAAGCUCCAGCUGGAGAGAGAGCUGGAGAACACCAAGACACAACUAGAGAGCUGCAUGGGAGGGAACAAGCCUGUGGAGAAGAGAGUCAGUGUUGGGGGUGUGGGAGACAACCAGUCUGGCAUUGAACCACCAAAGUUUGUUUAUGUAAACAAAGCGGGCGUCAAUGCAACAACACCUGUCAUCAAUCCAGAGGCAGUAAUUGAUCAUGAUGUCUCUUCUCCUAAACCCUCGUUGACUAAGAGCACCAAGACAAUAUCUGGUGGAGAAACAAAUAGUAAACCUACACAAGCUGCUGCCGCCCCUCUACAGAUGCCUCUGAAACAGCCUGAGGAGCCAGAGGUGAACCGACAGAUCCCGAUGCCACACAACCUGGAACAUCAGUCUCCUGAGAAUACGGUAAUCAAGAAGCCAGAGUACUCGGACAGUGGCAAGCGACAUGACGCUCUAGCCGACGAAAAUCAGGGUGGGGAAGUGGCAGGACCUAUGAACCCCAUACAGGAACCUGCAGCUCCUGCUCCUGCCUAUCAGGGCCAUGCCCAUCUGGAAGAGAACAAGAAUAAGGUUAUGAAUGCUAUCCAGUGGGAUGAGGAAGGCCCCCAGAACGGAGCUCACGAGGAAGGUGAGGAGGAGGCAGCCCCUCUUCAUAACGGUUGGCGAUUGGGAGAAGAAGGAGAGAACAAAGUAUUACCUCGGCACAUGAAUCAUGACUACCAAGGAUUAGAGUAUGACAAGGAUAACCAGGAGGAGGAAGAGGACGAAGAAGGAGAGCAGAUGGACUAUCUAGGGGGUGACGCUGCGCUCAAACAGCCCAAACAAAUGGCUAAGUUUCGCCAGUUUGAACACAAUGGAGGAGGCGGCGGCGGUAUAAUGCUGAAUCCUAAAUAACCCACUCAACAAGCACAUUCUGGAAAUGCCAUCAUGUAAAUUUGUAAAUAACACAUGUUUUGUAUAAUUUAGUUUUACGAAUUGUUACAAAGUCUCUCAAUCCAUGUGAAAAUGUUUUAUUAAAUGUAUUAAUAGCAUUAACUCAGUAAACGUGUACAUAUCA